CUAUGCAAUUCCGGCAUGAAGAAUUGCCGGCCUCUGAACGAGUCCCCUCGCCGUAGCCGCCGCCACCGUCAGCCACUCAGCCAUCCCUCUCAAUCCGAUUCGACUCCCGCGUCGGCCUCGCUCUGAGCGCAGCAACCCGCAACCACUACAUCGAACGCCGCCCUCUGUUUCUUUUAAUCUCUCCUUCCUCAUUCCCAUCGUCGUCGUCCGCCCAGCCAGCUCCCAAUGCGUCCAAACGCGCGCGCCCAUAAAUUAAUUAUCAGGGUGUCACCAUUACUACACCACUCGCGCAGAGGCUAGCACGCCGAAGCAGCUGGCCGGCCGAGAGCGUGCAUGCGAGCGAGCGCGCGGGGCGCAUGGCAGCGAUCGCGAGGGGGAGCGUGCGGGAGGUCCGCGUCAGCGACGUGGAGGCGGCCGGGCUCGCCAAGGCCGACGCGGGGCCCUUCCUCGCCGCCCUCCGGUCCGCGGUCGGCGGCGGCGACGCGGCCGCCGCGUGGGCGGCGGUCGUGGCGGCGGGGGUGCUGCGGCCGGACCACCCGCACGCGCUGCACCAGCUGGUGUACUACUCCGUCUACGCCGGCUGGGACAGCGCCCAGCGCGGCCCGCCGCCCUACUGGUUCCCCUCCGCGAUUGACUGCAAACAAACAAAUCUCGGGAGAGUGAUGGAAGAGAAUGGACCCAAGCUGCUAGGAGCAUCCUAUAAGGAUCCAAUUUCAAGCUUUGGCCUCUUCCACAAGUUCGCCGUUGAGAAUCAGGAGGUCUACUGGAAAAUUGUGCUAAAGGAGCUCUCCACCAAGUUCCUACGAGAACCGACGUCGAUUCUAGACGCGUCAGAUAAGUCAAAGAAGGGAGGAACAUGGUUCCCAGGUGCAGUGCUCAACAUUGCUGAAUGUUGUCUCCUGCCAUGGCCUUCCCAAAACAGGACAGAUGAUAGCACGGCCAUUGUAUGGAGGGAUGAGGGCUUCGACGAUUAUCCAGUGAACCGUAUGUCAUUGAAGGAGCUUCGCACUCAAGUGAUGACUGUUGCAAAUGCGCUUGAUACCAUGUUCCAAAAGGGGGACAGGAUUGCAAUCGACAUGCCUAUGACAUGCGACGCGGUCAUUAUUUAUUUGGCAAUCAUCCUUGGAGGCUUUGUUGUUGUGUCAAUAGCAGACAGUUUUGCACCUCAGGAGAUUGACACCCGCAUGAGGGUUGCAAAAGCAAAGGCAAUCUUUACUCAGGAUUUCAUAUUUAGGGGAGGGAAGAAAUUUCCUCUUUACAGCUGUGUCAUGAAAGGGACUUCAUGUAAAGCUAUUGUAAUUCCUGCAACUGGAGACUGUCUUGGAGUUACACUAAGGAGUGGCGAUAUGUCCUGGACAAAUUUUCUUUCUCGUGCCGCUGGAAGGUCAUGCAUGUACUCUCCAGUUUAUCAAUCUGCAGACGCCCUAAUUAAUAUACUGUUUUCAUCAGGAACAACUGGAGAGCCAAAAGCUAUACCAUGGACACAACUUUGCCCCAUCAGAUGUGGAGCUGAUACCUGGGCAAAUUUGGAUGUUCGCCCAAAGGACAUAGGCUGCUUGCCUACAAAUCUGGGUUGGGUUAUGGGACCUAUUCAAUUGUUCUCAUGCUUUUUGAAUGGCGCGACAUUGGCUUUAUAUCAUGGUUCUCCACUUGGACGUGGUUUCUGCAAAUUUGUCCAGGAUGCCCAUGUGAGUGCAUUAGGAUCUGUGCCUAGCUUGGUGAAGUCAUGGAAGGCUGGGAAUCACACUAAAGGGCUAGACUGGACCAAAAUCAGGGUACUAGCUACGACAGGGGAGGCUUCUGAUAUUGAUGAUAAUCUGUGGCUAUCUUCGCGUACCUGUUACAAGCCCAUUGUUGAGUGCUGUGGUGGUACAGAGCUGGCAUCCUCAUUCAUUCAAGGGAGUCUUCUGCAGCCCCAAGUUUUUGGAGCUUUCAGUGGUGCAUCAAUGUCCACAGGGUUUGUCAUACUCGAUGAACAGGGAAAUCCAUAUCCAGAUGAUCUACCUUGUUCUGGAGAAGUGGGUCUCUUCCCUUUAUAUUUUGGUGCCACCGAUCGGCUUCUGAAUGCUGACCAUGAUAAGGUUUACUUCGAUGGAAUGCCCAUUUACAGAGGACGGCAACUCCGACGACAUGGAGAUAUAAUCCAGAGGACAGUAGGUGGCUACUACGUGGUACAGGGCAGAGCAGAUGACACCAUGAAUCUUGGAGGGAUUAAGGUUGAAGCUGCUCCUUUCAAUGUUUUCAGUCCAUCGUUUGCAUUUCAUGGAACCAAUUCAUUGUUGCUCUUUUCUGGACAGACAAGUUCAGUGGAGAUCGAACGGGUUUGUAACGGAGCCGAUGAAGGUCUGCUGGAAACAGCAGCUGUUAGCGUCAAACCUUCCGGCGGGGGACCAGAACAACUGGCCAUCUUGGCAGUGCUAAAAGAUAGAUCCGCGCCAUACGAUGAGAAUCUUCUGAAGAGGAAGUUCCAGAGAGCCAUCCAGAGGAACCUCAAUCCCCUUUUCAAGGUGAGCUAUGUGAAAGUCGUCCCCGAGUUCCCGAGAACUGCUUCGAACAAGCUGCUGAGAAGGGUCCUGAGGGAUCAGCUGAAGCAAGAACUGGCGAAUCGCAGCAAGCUUUAAGGGGCCUGUGGGAUGCUUAUAUUUUUUUUCAGUAGGAAAUAGCUCUUCAUAAUCCAAGUAUUAUUAAACUCUGGGUGUGUACAGCUCAUUGGAAGUAAUAAGGGUGAUUUGCUCGCUAAAAUGGACCGCUGUAUGUUUGAAGGUUUUUAAGUCCUAACAUUUUUCUUA